AUGAGAGAGUUCGUCAACAUUCCACUGGUACAUAUUCUUACUUUGGUUGCCUUCAGCGGGACUGAGAAACUUCCAAAAGCCCCUGUCAUCACCACUCCUCUCGAAACAGUGGACGCCUUAGUUGAAGAAGUCACUACUUUCAUGUGUGCGGUGGAAUCCUACCCCCAGCCUGAAAUUUCCUGGACCAGAAAUAAAAUUCUCAUUAAGCUCUUUGAUACCCGGUACAGCAUUCGGGAGAAUGGUCAGCUCCUCACCAUCCUGAGCGUGGAAGACAGUGACGACGGCAUUUACUGCUGCAUUGCCAACAAUGGUGUGGGAGGAGCUGCUGAGAGCUGUGGAGCUCUACAAGUGAAGAUGAAACCUAAAAUAACUCGUCCUCCCAUAAAUGUAAAAAUAAUAGAAGGAUUAAAGGCAGUUCUACCAUGUACUACAAUGGGCAAUCCCAAACCAUCAGUGUCAUGGAUCAAGGGGGACAGUGCUCUCAGGGAAAAUUCCCGAACUGCGGUUCUUGAAUCUGGGAGCUUAAGGAUUCAUAACGUACAAAAGGAAGACGCAGGACAUUAUCGAUGUGUGGCAAAAAACAGCCUUGGGACGGCAUAUUCCAAACUGGUGAAGCUGGAAGUGGAGGUUUUUGCCAGAAUCCUGCGGGCUCCUGAAUCCCACAAUGUCACCUUUGGCUCCUUUGUGGCCCUGCGCUGUACAGCCACAGGCAUCCCUGUCCCCACCAUCACCUGGAUUGAAAACGGAAUUGCUGUUUCUUCUGGGUCUAUUCAAGAAAGUGUGAAAGACAGAGUAAUUGACUCAAGACUGCAGCUGUUUAUCACCAAGCCAGGACUCUACACAUGCAUAGCUACUAAUAAGCAUGGAGAGAAAUUCAGUACUGCAAAGGCUGCAGCCACCAUCAGUAUAGCAGAAUGGUUCAAGCCACAGAAAGAUAACAAAGGCUACUGCGCCCAGUACAGAGGGGAGGUGUGUAAAGCUGUCCUGGCAAAAGACGCUCUUGUUUUCUUCAACAACUCCUACGCAGACCCUGAGGAGGCCCAAGAACUACUGGUUCAUACUGCCUGGAAUGAACUGGAAGCAGUGAGCCCAUUCUGCCGGCCAGCUGCUGAAGCUUUGCUCUGUAACCACAUCUUCCAAGAAUGCAACCCUGGGGUGGUACCUACUCCUAUACCCAUUUGCAGAGAAUACUGCUUGACAGUAAAGGAGCUCUUCUGUGCAAAAGAAUGGCUGGUGGUGGAAGAAAAGACCCACAGGCGACUCUACAGAUUUGGGAUGCUUCUGUUCUCCAUGCCAGACUGCAACAAACUCCCCAGCACGCACUGGGACCCCAUGGCCUGCACCAGACUGCCAUACUUAGAUUAUAAAAAAGGAAACCUAACAACAUUCCCGCCAAUGACGUCCUCAAAGCCGAGUGUGGACAUUCCAAAUGCGUCUUCCUCCUCCUCGCCCUCCUUCUCUGUCUCACCUACGUACUCUAUGACUGUAAUAAUCUCCAUCAUGUCCAGCUUUGCCAUAUUUGUGCUUCUUACCAUAACUACUCUUUAUUGCUGCCGAAGACGAAAACAAUGGAAAAAUAAGAAAAGAGAAUCAGCAGCAGUAACCCUCACGACGCUUCCUUCUGAGCUCUUGCUAGACAGACUUCAUCCCAACCCCAUGUACCAGAGGAUGCCACUCCUUUUGAAUCCCAAAUUGCUCAGUCUGGAGUAUCCCAGGAAUAACAUUGAAUAUGUGAGAGAUAUCGGAGAGGGAGCAUUUGGAAGGGUCUUUCAAGCAAGGGCUCCAGGCUUACUUCCCUAUGAACCUUUCACAAUGGUGGCAGUGAAGAUGCUCAAAGAAGAAGCCUCAGCAGAUAUGCAAGCAGACUUUCAGAGGGAGGCAGCCCUCAUGGCAGAAUUUGAUAAUCCUAAUAUUGUGAAACUCUUAGGAGUGUGCGCGGUGGGGAAGCCCAUGUGCUUGCUCUUUGAAUACAUGGCCUACGGGGACCUAAAUGAGUUCCUCCGCAGCAUGGCCCCGCACCCCGGCCGUGGCCUCAGUCCCAGCGACCUAUCCCCCGGCUCACAGGCCUCCAGCCCCGGCCCCCCGCCCCUCUCCUGCGCAGAGCAGCUGUGCAUCGCCAGGCAGGUGGCCGCAGGCAUGGCCUACCUCUCCGAGCGCAAGUUCGUCCACCGCGAUUUGGCCACCAGGAACUGCCUGGUGGGUGAGAACAUGGUGGUGAAAAUCGCCGACUUCGGCCUUUCUAGAAACAUCUACUCGGCGGACUACUACAAAGCCAAUGAAAACGAUGCCAUCCCCAUCCGUUGGAUGCCCCCCGAGUCCAUCUUCUACAACCGCUACACCACGGAGUCUGACGUGUGGGCCUACGGGGUGGUCCUUUGGGAGAUCUUCUCCUACGGCCUGCAGCCCUACUACGGGAUGGCCCACGAGGAGGUCAUCUACUACGUGCGGGAUGGCAACAUCCUCUCCUGCCCUGAGGACUGCCCGCUGGAACUGUACAAUCUCAUGCGUCUGUGUUGGAGCAAGGUGCCUGCAGACAGACCCAGUUUCAGCAGCAUCCACCGAAUCCUGGAACGCAUGUGUGAGCGGGCGGAGGGCGGUGGGGGUGUCUGA